AUGGGUUUUGUCUGGCAAAGCGAGGUAGAGCAACAUCCGUUCAAAUUGCAGUUAGUUACCGAAGCAGAAGAUGCAAGGAACCUACUCCAAGCACUCAGGUCAGGUAUGAUGAUGUUGAGCACUGGCCUCAAUGGACGGAAAACCGUGAAAGAUGCAAGAACCAAGGUUGUAAGGGAAAAAGUCGAGUUUUAUGUCUAA